AUGGAUGAAUACUUAAGUGACAGUGAUAGUGGUUCGGAUGUUAAUGACAAUGAUGAUGUCGAUAUGGGAGAAGAUUAUAUUAGUUAUCGACAUGCUAAAACAUCAGCAUUGGCAACAUGUCUUGGACUACUAUUAGAUGGUUCAAUAGGAGACAGGGAAUUUUGUUUUCUUUCCCAUUCUCCAAAAAUUGAAGAAUUCGAUGAUGAUAUUUUAGAAAAUUUAUUAGCACAUUUAAUUAAAGAAUUAUCAGAAAAUUUAAAACAACAUUUAAAGAUUGAUUCAUUAUCAGAAGAAAAGCUUGUCAAUAAUGUUAAAUUGUUAGUUGUAGGUGGUGCGGUGGAUGAACAUAUAUUGACACGAAAGGCUUUUUAUUUAUUAAAUAAAAAUAUUAAUUUAAAUGUAACACAACAAAAGCUAAAUAAUGAUAAAGAUAGUAAUUAUCUUUUUGAAAAAUUAAAAAAUUCAGUCAAAAUAAUUCCAGCUGUCACAUUUGUUUUAUCAGAUCAAGAUGAAGAUAGAGGCGAGUAG